ACAGCAAAUGCAGUCGAAACUGGUAGUUGAUAAAUCUGUAGCAUACACACAGUAAGGUCCGAAAGCCAGGUAUCACUGGGGACUUGUGACUUGCAUUUUGAUUUAAUGCGACUUGCUUUGAAUUGAGUGAAAAGUUAUACUGAAAGGACACUGGCCAUCUCGAGCUGCUAUGGAUUAGUAGGUGCAAAACUUAUUUAUUUAUGUAAUUCCAUUGCCAACAUGACUUAAAAGGUACUUGUGCAGUGCAAAUGAGUUAUGGUCAGUGUCACAGAGUGAAACUUAUGUAACGGUGUGCUUUUUAUUCUCAUUAUUUUUAAUACUGUAAAACUUCCUGUAUAUAUCCAGUUUAAUUGCAUUUUGAAUCCCAGAUUCGUCGGUGUGCUCUUAUAUACUUAAUAAUACACAUUUAUCAGAUGCUUAAGAAACGCAUUUUUAUAGUCGUUUUCUCACACUGCGUUCACCAUUGGGCUGCGAACUGCACUGUCUUGAUGACGUAGCGCGCAACUUCCAGUGACGUUCUCGGUGUUGUUGGCGCGAGUAAACACACUGGUGAAGUUCUGAGGAGCUUUGCAUAAACCAGCUCUGUCAAUCUCUGCAACUCGGCUAGGCCUUUGUGGCCAUGCGCUCGAAAAGCGCGUGAAACAUCGUCAAACCGAGACGCGGAUAUGUCGGUUUAAUCGAUGCAAGACCGCGGUAUUUUGGCCAGUUUGCUGAAGCGCUCGGCUGCCUGUACACAACACCAUGUUAGUGAAUGCAACGCGGGGUUUCCUGUGGUCGGACAUGGAGACCAGGGCGCUGUUGAAUAUCUGGGGUGAACACGACGUGCAGACGGCUCUGGACGGAAACUUUCGGAACAGCCACGUAUACCGGGACAUCGCGAACCGCCUGUGCGAGUUGGGCUUCGAUCGGACACCAGACCAAUGCAGGAUACGGGUUAAGAGCUUAAAGAGGCAGUAUUAUCAGGCGAAGGAGGGAUCCAAGAAAAAUGGGCAGUACCACAAGAUGUGCAAGUUCUACGACGAAAUGGAGAGUAUAUUGAGCAAUAGAUCCCUAGUAGAGAGGCAUGACAUUGAUAGUGUUGCUGUUGGAGGAGAUGAAACGAUGGAUGAAGAUGCUGAGAGUGCUGAACUGUUGCACGACACUCAGAUGGAUGGCAGUGGUGAAUGCUCCUUUAUGGAGCAUCAAGUGAAAACUGAAUAUCCAUCCUUCCCCAUUCCGGUGACAGUGGGUGGCAUGAGUUCCUUUCCAGCUAAACCGAGCAACCCGCCCAAGGCGAACGCAGCCUCGUCAUCCACUAGCAGGCCACGGCGGAGCAAGAAACGGUUUGCCAACAUGUCGCUGGAGAAGCUGAUGGAGAAGUUUUUGGAACAGAGCAUGGAAGCGGAAGAGAACUUUUACAGGCUCGAGGAGCAGCGUCUUCAGGCAGAGGAUAAGCGCAGAGAGGAAGAACAUUCCAGAGAGUUGCAGAUGCUUCAGAUGCUGGGCCAGAUUUUCACGGGCAUCAGCACGGCCUCUUCUGUACCACCACACCCUCCGCAACCAACCGGUAUCCCCCAAAGUAACCCUACCGUAUCCCUCUUGCAUCCUUCUGUUGGAAAUCGUAACCGUCCCACUGCCUUGACUGAGUUUGCCAGCCACAGCCAACCAGCUGGCCCAGGUCUGCUCAUGGAUGAGGGUGACGUUGAAUUCAUAGAGCGCUCCUUCUCCCUGGGCACAACUGCGAUGGACAACGUCUUACCUCUUGUAAAAAACACAAUUCCUCAGCUGACGUCCAAAAAACACAAGGGUCAGGAUGGGCGUAUUGGAAUCAUUGGUGGAUGUCAAGAGUACACGGGAGCACCUUAUUUUGCAGCUAUCUCGGCUUUAAAAGCAGGAGCUGAUCUGUCUCAUGUAUUCUGUACCAAAGAGGCAGCCCCAGUGAUCAAGUCCUACAGUCCAGAACUCAUCGUUCAUCCAGUACUAGACAGUCCUAAUGCUGUAGAGGAGAUCGAGAAAUGGCUACCAAGACUUCACAGUCUGGUUGUUGGUCCGGGCCUUGGAAGGGAGGAUAUGCUUUUAAAGAAUGCAAAGGAGAUUAUAGAGCGGUCAAAACUCAGAAGCAUCCCAAUCAUCAUAGAUGCUGAUGGACUUUGGUUAGUGGCAAAAGAACCAUCAGUUAUUCAAGGAUAUCAGAAAGGCAUCCUCACACCUAACGUUAUGGAGUUUAGUCGUCUGUAUGAAGCCAUGCACCACGAGCCCCUGGAUAGCAACGACCACAAGAGAAGCGCACAGCAACUAAGCAUCGCCAUGGGUAACCUAACCUUGGUUUUAAAGGGAGAGGAGGACAUCAUUACUGACGGAAAAAACAUGCUUAAGUGUAGUCAGGAAGGCAGUGGACGCCGUUGUGGGGGACAGGGAGAUCUGCUUUCUGGCUCUUUGGGAGUCUUUGCGCAUUGGGCAUUCAGCUCAUCCACAGAUGCAACUAAAGGCAUGAAUCCCUCACUGGUGGCUGCAUUUGGUGCUACUUCUCUAACAAGGCAAUGUAAUCGUCAGGCGUUCCACAAACAUGGCAGAUCUACGACCACCUCUGACAUGAUCCAGGAGAUAAGCAGCUCUUUCAAGAAGUUGUUUGAAAGCUGAAUGACAUAGUCCACACUCUUGUCUGUUUAAUAUUACAUAAAGGUCUGGAAGUCAAUGCUACUCCAAAUAAAUUAAGUGAAGUACAUUGUUGAUCAUCUAAAAUCAUUGUUGAUUUUUUCCUUUUAGUUAUAAAGUGCCUCUUGUAGUUUUGCAAUACACUAUCAACUGCCUGUCCAUUUUCUUGUCUGUGUGGUGGGAAAGACCUCAAUAAAUGUCAUACACUGUUUUUUAUAAACACA